AUGAGGAGGACGGGCAUCAAAUGUCGCAAAGCUUUCGCUCCAGCCGAUAAUCUCUCUCGUCACUGGGGACAGAUUAAAGAUCACCGAGAGAUCAAAGAGAAGCAGAUCAGGUGUUUUUGUGGGAAGUUCUUCAAGACUUUAAAUGGCAAGAAGCUGCAUAUGAAGCACUGUCUCCACGUGGCACCGUCUCCCCCGUCACAAUUCAGCUGUAUGUACCUUCCCAGGAUGCACCUUCAAGACAGAGAGGAUGAUAAUAUUAAUGACCAACUGAAGACUGUGGUAUUAGCAUAUUGUUUUCACAACAUGAUAUUUCUUUAG